AUGGUUCAAGAGCCAAUUUAUCCAUAUUUCUCCCCAAUAUCUCGGACUACGCAAGCCAGCCCCCCUCCCUGCCCCAGCUGCCAGCCCUAUCGACGAGCUCUCAUUCUUAAGGGAUCAAGUCCACCCCAGGCUCUAUUUCAUGCUUGCCUUGCCCCGCCUCUCACAGCGCCUCAGACCUCUUUCUCUCAUUGCAACCCCCUUUCGCUUGCCAUCCAUAUUCACCAUCUUCCCCAGUGUCGUCAUCUCGUUUCAGAUAUCCCGCUUCACAGCUGUGUCCCGUUCGUCCGUUCUCCGGACGCUCAACUUACUUACCAUCCUAACUUGCUCUUCACCCCCUUCCCCCCCCUUCCCGCCACCCUCCCCAUUCAGACUCAAAUGGCACCUCGUUUUCUCAAUCUAUUCUUCGUCCCUGGCCUCCACAGAAUCAAUGCCGCCCCCAGUGCACGCUCAAUCCACCCCGUCCCCAACCCCAACGUCUUCUGCCCCUCCUCACGGCAUGCUACCGUGAAUCCCCCCAAACCAGCUCACAAGGCCCGUAUUCGACAUAUCAACGUGCCCCGCGGCAGUCGCGCUGCGCCGAAAUCCACCGUCGCCCCUUUGGCCGCCGCAGCCCCGCUCCGCUCCACUCUCCGAGGUACCCAGUCCGCUACCACCACCUUGUUGCCGACGGUUGACACACCCAAGGCUUCUGGCCACAAGCAUACCGCCGAGUCGAAGCGCAAAAUCUCGGCCGCGAAUCGCGGCAACGUCCCAUGGAACAAGGGUAGGAAACACUCAGAAGAGACAAAACGGAAGAUUUCCGAGGGUACUAGGCGCGCCAUGUUGCAACCGGCCAUGCGGCGUCUCUUGAAAGAGCGCGCAAAGGGACGCAAGCACUCUGAGGCCACCAAGCUUAAGAUUCGGGAGACGGCUCGUGCCUCAAGGGGAGCUAACUCUGCGAUCCGUAAACAAAAAAGGCAGGCAGUUCCUUUCUCCUUUCCCGAAUCCGUAAUUGCAGAUCUCAACGCAAAAGUCCAGCAUCAGUUGGAGAAGUCUUACAUACUAAGUGAGUCUCAGCAUCUCGUAGUCAGAGAGAAACGCCCAAUGGCAGAGGAGACGAAAGCCAAGCUCUCUGCAAAGAUCAAGGAGCUUUGGAGUGAUCCCGACUACCGCAGCAAAGUCGCGGAGGGUAUAGAAAGCCGUGCGCAGCGCGUUGGGAGAACGAGGAGUCCACCGUCUUCCCCUCGGGCUUCAAGGGCCAGCUCCCCGCGUCCUGCAAAACCGAAGAAGGAACCCGGCUCACCAAAAUCUUCCACGAGGAGAUCGCGGUCCAAAUCUCCAGAAGUUUCCACUGAAGACAAGAAGUCAUCCUUCCACGACGACAUCGAUUCAUCCGAAAUCUUCCUUGAGCCUGAGUCUUUAGAUGGCAUAACGAAAGAAGAUUUGGGACUUUUUGUACCUCUUUCGGAAGGUCAGAUCAACGUUACUGCCGCCAAGGAGCAAGCCUUCGCCAUUACUAGCAGAGCCAGUCCUGAUGCUUUGUUUUCUGACAUUUCGUUACAAGACCCCCACGGCUUGUUUGAUUCUCCUGCCCACUCCGAAAGGGCCCUAGGAUGUGAAAAAUCCGAUGUUAUGGACUCCUUCAACGAUGAGCACGGCUGUAGCAAGUUGGAGUCCGAGAUUGCAAUCAGGCAACCGUAUUUGCUUGAUCCAGCGCUACCACGCAGCUCUUUGGAAGACCUUGCCAUAUCAAGUACCGAGGCUGCGUAUCCAUACGAGGCGACGCGUCCUCAGUUCCUUGGCCCUCUUGAUAUGCCGUCUUUUUAUGGGACUGUACCUCUCGCUGCUCUGGCGCCCUGUCCAUCCAUGGGGCAGUCGGUGUGUCCGGAACGGACCUCGCCAGAAAUUCAAUUCAAUACGGAUCUUGCACACUUUGAGGAUCAAGUGAUGAGCCAUGAAGUUUGGGCAACCAGUGUGUCUGACGAAUUAUUUUGUAGUUCCGUCGAGAGCAAUAGCAACAACACAGGGGCGUUCGACUCACUUGAGGAAGGGCAUAGCUGCUGAGUUGUCACAAUCAGCGAAGCACCAGGAGGUCACAAUGUCCAUAUUUUGAAGUCCGGCUUGAGUUUUGCGGGGCAUAUCAAUGACAACUGCGAGACCAACACGAGAUGGGAGCGGGGCGGCGGUUGGAUAUUUCGGUUGUAUAUAUAUAUCGGGGCUCUGGGUGUGGAGGGUCCCGAACUAUUUCCGGUGGGGCAUUCCGGUGGUUCACUCUUUGGCUUUCAUGUUUGCCGUUUGAGAGCUGCAAUGUGACGAAUGACGAGGACCACAAGAUGUCCACUUUUUGGACAACUAGCGAUGUGCUUGUGGCAAAAGACAGCUGUAGCGAAUGAGGAUACGGCACUACUAGCAUAGCCCAACACUUCGUGACUGUCUUUCAGAUUGAACUAAACGCGAUGACGCAUUUUCGUA